GUGUAGAAAAUGGUGCUGUUAGUAACCAACAUAGCGACCGGUGCUUGAGUGGAGUUUGACGUGGCACUCUGAAUUCACAGAGGGCAGCAGACAGGGGAGAGGACUCUGCCCAAUAUUCAGGUAAAUAUUACCCCGACUCUGUUUACACACGCAGACAAAAAAAAAACAAUGGUGUGCUUUUAUGUAAGAUUAGUCUUCAAGUUAAGGCGUUUCAUUUUGGAAAUGUAUGCUUUUCUGCUGCGGGGGAAAACUUUAGAGUAAUUUCCGCGUAGCUAGCAAGAUGUUUUCUCUCAUAGAGUAAUCAACUGUGAAUGAGGUGUUGUGCUGUGAUGUUAACACGCUAUUUAGAUAGAUAGUUUCUCUUUCUUUUGCUGCCAAAAACAUCCACUGUAAAAUGAAUUAAGUGUGUACUUUUAGGUGGAUAGAGACUGAAGGAAGACAGGGAUGCUCAGAUGUUUAGCCAUCAUAACGGUCUUUGACGUGGCAGUUACCAUUAUCCCUUCACCAUUUAACUGGACAACAUAUUUGUGUAAUGUCUCUCUAUUUAUAUACUCUAUAAAGGUAAGUGUGUUAAUUAAGUGCCAAAUGUAGUUAAGAGAGUUUUCAUUGAGUUGUAAGUACGCAGCUGUUAUUUUUGUUGACCCAGCUGUGCUCAACUUUUACUCCGUUUAGAGGCUUUGACACCCUAAAUAACCCCACAGGCCCAAUGCUUCCCUCAGUCAAUAUUAACCACAAAUGACUUAUUUUUGCACAUUUACCACCUGUUGUGCAAAACUUAGAGAGGGAAAAGAUGUAGUUGAAUAAAAGUGUUUAAGAAUGAACAGAAAAGUAGGAUUUGACAUUGAUAGUUUUAAGCAAACGUGAGUAUUUACAGCAAGUAAGAAGCUGAGUUCCUGAUAGGCCUACUUAAACACACAUCUCACGUUGAAGAUAAUAUAAGGAAGGAUAAGGCUUUCUUAUCUUUCAAGAAGCAAUGUCAAAAGUCCAUGUGACAGAAUGUUGAUUAUUGCAUGAGGGCAAGUGUCAGUUGUUAUUGGUGUGGCUCUCUACAGGGAACUGAAUAUACAGUAUGGAAGAAAUUAAUAUUGACAUAUUAAGGUGAAAUAUUACGCUUGUGUGCAUGCAAUGCCAAAUUCCAUCUUUCAACUUUACAGGUUGUGGAUCGUAUUUGUUCUGGCAUGAGAAGACCCUAACAGUCAUCACAACAACAUGAGUCAACAGGGUUAUGUUGCUGCACCCCCUUACUCCCAGGCCCAGCCAGGGAUGGGGGGCUACCAAGGUGGAUUUGGAGCUGGUCCUGCUCAGCCCCUCUAUGGACAUUAUGGGGGACAGCCUCAGGCGUUUACAGCUCCACCCACAGGUAAAACACCUCUACUACUGCGGAUUGUCGUUUCUGUCAUCUGACAAGUUGUAUCUUGCCUCCCAGCGAGAUCAGACCAUUCAUUUUUUAAAUGAAUCAGCUAUGGCAGCAAGAAGCAAAAGUGAGUCACAUUUUAGGAUGACAGAAAUAGUUAAGAACCAUGGGCCUGAAAUAGUGCGUUGUUGAAUUUGGGUUACUGUAUCACGUCCCCAAUAGCAGCUUGAAUUGUUAAAUUUAUUCUAUCCAUCACAGAAUAAACUUGUGUAUCUUGACAGUAUCAUUUAUUUGCUCCUACUUUCAUAAGAUGUAGGUGAAGUAUAGCCUCUAGAGGCAAAGAUAAAGCAACCACAGUGGCUUAUUUUCACAGUCAAGGACUCAGACAGAAGCUGUGUAUGUAAAAAGCAAAGAAAUUACCCCACAAUCCCAGAAAUAAGGAUGCAAUUGAGGUCUGAUAAAAAGAAGGCUCUAUAAACAUUAAUCUCUUGACCAAAUUGUGUACUUGGCACAAUUUGCAGCUCUGGAAUCAGGUGUCUGUUUGAAUCAAGCAUUGAAAGGCAAACUACAUAAUGAGAUGUGCAAGACAUCCCUUUUAAAGCCAAAUUCACAUGCUUUGGAAAGUAAUUACUUUGUCUGAACACAUUAAAGAUCUACCUUAAACUAAGCUAACAAACAGUUUAAUGUUUUGAUUUAUGCUUAUGAUACACGGAUGAUGUCUGUUACUCACUUUAGGUAUUAUGAAAUCACCAGUUUCAUCUGCUGCUGGUAUGCCUCCACCUCCAUUGUCCAGUCAGUACAGUCCAAAUAUUCAGCAGAAUGGUGCACACCCUCAAAGGUAACAUCUUCACUAUUUGCUACCAAAUUUUUGUCAACUUACUUUCUGUAGUCAGUGCAAUGAAAUGAGACUGAUGAUGUUUUUGUAUGAUUCAAAAAUAGUUGCAGUUAAUCAAGUAUUAAGGCUUAUAAGGGCCAUGUUACUGAAAUGUCAAACUGACGGGGAGUCAAGUGUUGAAAACAUUCAUGGUCCACACUGUUCCAAGUUUACAUUAAUUUAGCUCUGGUCUUCUUUAGAUACCCUGCUCCACCUGCUUCCUCUGCGUAUGGACAACCUGCACCAUCACCAUACAACAGCAUGGCCUCCCAGGCCCCACCCCCAACUCAGCAGCUCACCAAUCAGAUGAGUGCUAUGAACAUGGGCAACUAUGGUAAGUUUGCUUCAUAUUUAUUGACCCAACAACAGGAUGUGAUAAAUGUGGUGUGCCUUGGAGAAUCACUAUAUUUUAGUGGAGAGGAUGAGACAAGAAUCAAAACAAUGACUAUAAGACUGUGUUACCUCAAUCUUGCAGCUCCAGGUCCUAUGCAGAGCCCUCCUCCUCCAGCAAUGGGUCAGCCUCCAAUGCCUCCAGGCCCACAAUCACCCCUCAUGUCUCCACCACAGUCACCCCCAGCGACCAUGGCGAUGGGAGGCCCACCGAUGGCAGGUCCUUCGAUGGCAGGUCCUCCAAUGGCAGGCCCACAGAUGGCAGGUCCACCGAUGGCAGGUCCACCGAUGGCAGGCCCACAGAUGGCAGGUCCACCGAUGGCAGGCAUGGGUAGACCCUUCCCUGGACCUCCUCCUCCAGGCCCUGGAGGUUUCCAGCAGCCUGGUCCUGGAGCUGCCGGUCCACUUGGAUACCAGCAGCAAGCAGGUAACUAUGUUAGUGAAAGGAAGGGUUCUGGAAGAGAUAUUGGAGCUUUUCUAACAAAGAUAGACGGAGCUACCCUUUGGUAGCGAUAAUAGUACAUAGUCAUAGUUAUUUUAGUAUCGAUGAUUCAGUUUAAAUUUAAUUAAAAACACCAAGAAUUGCUGCAUCCAGUUUUCACCUUCACAUUGUUACAUUGCUUUAAUGUACAGGUCCAUUCGGGGGACCAAUGACUGGGCCCCAGCCGGGUAUGCCAGGGGGCUUUCCUGGGGCACCAGGUGGACUUGCAGGACCACCACAGAAAAAACUGGAUGCUGACUCUAUCCCAAGCAUUGUGAGUGGACUACUAAUCUGAACUGGGCUGUACAUGUUCACAAACCAAUAUACCAUAGAUGUCAUUCCAGAUUUUCUGUCCUUACAUAUCUGCUCAAUCAUUUAACAUGAACAUAAUCUACUGGAUAAAUCUACAGGUGCCUGAUUGUCCUGUAAUGCAUACUUGUCUGUUUCAGACUCAAGUGAUUGGGGAAGACCAGGAAAGGCAAGGGGGGCAAGUGUACAGCACAAACGUCAGAGGGCAGGUUCCACCUCUGGUCACCACAGACUUCUCAGUCCAGGAUCAAGGUAACCUAUGCAACAACUUUAAAACUUCUCUAAAAGUGUCAAAUACCUAUAGUAGGAGAUCUAUCUUUUCGCAAACCCAGCAAUUUUUUUUCCAACAAUUUCUGCUCAGACAACAAAUUGGAUUUUCACCUAAUCAAGAGUUAUUUCUGUAUCAGCUGUUGUUUUAACUAGGGCUGUCAAAUGAACGUACUGAUGUAAUCACAGAUUAUUUUUUGGAUUAAUUUGACAACUGAUUGAGUGUAUGUUGGGUAGGGGGGCAUAUUGAAGUAGGCUGGUUUUUGAAAUAACAUCCUAAUAAGGUUGAAAAAAAAAAAAAAGAAUAGACUAGAACUUUGUACUAAAAAUGUAAUAUAAUGCAAAAAGCCUGUGAUAGAGUAAUUGUAGUAGUCAGUAGAAAUAGUCAUAAUUCACAGGUUUAUGACCAUUUCUGGAUUUAUUCAAAUAACCUGCAGAACUCAAGUAUAAGUUUCUAUUUAAGAGAGUGAUGUCGGAAUUUUUUGUUUUAUAUUAUGUAUAUAAAUGGUCCUUAUUUUUGUGUAUUUUAGGUAAUGCCAGUCCCAGGUUCAUGCGUUGCACCACCUACACCCUUCCCUGUACUGCUGACUUGGCCAAACAGUGCCAAGUACCCCUUGCUACCAUUGUUAAACCCUUUGCCAGUUUGCCAAAGAAUGAGGUAAGUUAUACAGAACUUAAAAUCCUACAUAUGUGGUUGGAAUGAAAACUAGAACUACUUAUCACUCAAUAAUGUAGAAAAGAUAAGAAAUGCUUUAUUUAAUGAUUGAUUUUGAUAAACAAAAGUGUCCACUUUGCUGUAAUGUUUUAAAGAUGAUUAAAAAUACAGGUUCAGUUAUGGAGGGUGAAUAAAAACCCACUGCUGCUUCUUCUCUACUGCACGACUAAAGUUAAUUUAUCCCGUUCCUGACCCAUCCAAGAAUCCUGUCUUGGAUGUUUUCCCUCUGCUCUCGCCUUGUCCCAGACACCAGUUGGCCUUUUGAGGCAAUGUUGGCCUUUUUAGGUAAUGUUAGCUUUCUCUCAUGUGGCCUGAGGCUAAUUAAGCUAAUGUGAGAUCUGCCGGGACCUCUGGAAAAGACAGAAGGUUUAAACAAAAGGAAUCAGACUUGAGUGUUUCUGGUGCAGCACGGAGUCUAUUCACACUGCAGUUAAACCAAAACAGUAAAAGUAGAUCCUGAGAACUGACUCAAAAAGCACGCUGUUAGGCUCAGAUGUUGUGAUCUAACAGGUUUGCCUCGCUGAAGAGGGUUAACCACCUUUAAGACAUUGUAAACACUUUACUUUCCACCUCGAAGUCUCCAGUCUAAAAAUAAACCCACUUACCGGCUCGUCUGCAUGAGCUUAUUUUUGAAAAAUGCAAGUAAUGUUGUGCCAAAGCUCGCAGAGAGUCUUAAAUAAAUCAGGUUAAGACAGUCCCCGUCAUCCCCAGUGUCAUGGUGUGUGUAUUUAACAGCCCAAAGAUAGAAUAAUGUUUUGUAUAUGAGAGUGCAGUGUGUAUUGUUUGGGCGCCAUAACAACAGCGUAGAAUUAACACGGACAGUAUGUGCAAGAGUAAAAACAGAGUCCAUGUAAGCCUUUUUUAUAUAAACUUUUGUGUGUUGCCUUAUAGACUCCUCUCUAUGUGGUGAACCAUGGUGAGACAGGCCCAAUCCGCUGCAAUCGGUGCAAGGCUUACAUGUGUCCCUACAUGCAGUUCAUCGACGGAGGCCGACGCUUCCAGUGUGGUUUCUGCAACUGUGUCAAUGAAGGUAAAACAACAUAUUAAAUUUGUUUAAAAAAAAGCUGACAGUAAAAUAAGAAAAGGGAAGUUAUUAGCUUUGAUUUUAAGGAUGAAAUAACAGAUGAUUUCUUUUGGUCUCACCUUAGUGCCGGUCCAUUAUUUCCAACAUCUCGAUCACAUGGGCCGAAGGGUGGAUUUCUAUGAGAGGCCUGAGCUGUCCCUGGGGUCCUAUGAGUUUGCAGCCACCCUGGAAUACUGCAAGGUAGAGUACAUUCACGCAAAGAUCUGUUGACUAUUUAUUGUAAUACAUUAAUGCAAUAUGGGUUAUGUUGUCUGGUAGAUCAUUCAGAUGCACCUGAUGCCCCAUGGUUAAAAUCUAGUGCAUUGAGACAGUACUGCUAUCUACUCUGGGUUGUACACUAAUCCCAAGAAUCUGGACUAUAUGUCAAUUUUAUGCAUAGUUCAUGCAUCAUUAUUCAGCUCUUGAACAGUCAUCUUUUUAGCACUCUUUGUUGAUCGUCAUCAGCUCAUCAGAUCCAAACUGUGCAGAAGAGAGAAAAAGAGAGUUUUCAGCUCAGUCCAAACAUACAAAUAAAAAAAAAAGAAAAAGCAGCAGCUAUCGACCGCGUGUCCCUGUGGAACUGAGGUUUUCGGGAACAACAUCAGAGGGUCAGAGAGAGCGGGCAAAGCUGAGUCACUCCACUGUCCUACUUUUUCUCUGUUUAUUACCAUUUGUAAACAGCCUCUACAGGCCAGAUAUUAAACAAAAGCCUGUAAGGUGAGUGUCCUGUCAUGGGUUGUAGCUGUGGAAACAUAAUGUUUGAGUAAUCCCCCCUACUGCCCUCGAUCCAGGGAUUUAUAACUGCCAUGGUCUUCUUAAUGCUACACUUAGUAGUCCCAGUUUAUACAUAUUAUUUUUAAAAACAGAGACAUUAACCAUCAUUUGCACCUUUUGUUAAGACGCAAACGGAGAAUUCGCCCAUGAGAACAAUGCUUUUUUAAAAACUCUGGCUAAAGUGGAGAUUUCGGAAAACUCAGUAAGCACUUUGGUAUGUAAACAGAGAAAAACUGAGGAAAACGUAGAUUUGGGUAGGCGACGGCAGAUAGCACGCAAAAAAGAAGGAAGGGAUGUUGUUGCUGCUAUGUGGGAUUCUGAUUGGCUAAUGUGGACUUGAGCUUCUCGCUACACUGCUACCCACGUUUGAUAUGCUCUUGACGGCAUACACAGGGUAGUGUAAACGAAAACUUUUCUGAAAACGUGUUAGUCAAAAGAGGCAAAAUAGCCAGGCAUGUGUAAAUGCAGUCUAAGUUCUAAACAGAAAACCUCUGAUUUGGGCUUUGAUAAGCGUAUUCAUGAGCUUAAAAAAACAUUUGUCCUCAUUUCCUGCUAAAAAGAGCCAGUCAAAAAUAAAUUAUAAAUAAAUAAAAAUCCACUUUCUUCCCACACAGAACAACAAGACUCCAAACCCUCCUGCCUACAUCUUUAUGAUCGACGUGUCCUACAACAACAUCAAGAGUGGACUGGUUAAACUGAUAUGUGAAGAGCUGAAGACCCUGCUGGAGAAUCUGCCCAGGUACACACUAAAAAUGAGAGAAAUACAGAACAUUAUCGGUGACUGAACAGAGCCAGAACCUAUCUGAAACAUUAAAUUCAAUCUUGAUUGAAGAUGCCCAAAAAAACAAGUCCCCACUGGUUUUCCAGCCAAGCAAACCAUUUGUUCUCUUCAGCAGCAUAGUCCUGCGUGAAGCUUUACAGAUGGUGGGUGUCUAUUCAUGGUGGCGCCCAAAAUGGAAAUAUUAAUGUUCAGAAUCUUUGAAGGCAUCCAAAACAAAACUCUUUGUGCAGUGAGACAACUCUUCCAUUGCGGUAAACAUUCAUCCAGGAGAUGGCUUUUUGAUGCAUCUCACAGUAGGGAUGAAACGCUUCACCUUGUUGCUCCUAAAAUAACUUGGAAACUUUAUUUUCUUUGCUCCUUCUCAUUAGUGCCAGCAGCAAUAUAUUCUGAUCUGUCAUCUGCCAUGACAUCAGCCUUUAAACACGCACUAGAUAAGCCCCCUCUUCAGCUGUGUUGAAACUCUGUACUUUUGUCUUAAUAGGCACUCAGAUUAAAGAAUCUGACGCCCUGCAUUUUACAAGGUUCAUGUAGUUCUUAAGUAUGUGCCUGAUGAGUUUUUAAAUCACCCUAGACAAAAGAGAGAGUAAAUCCAGAUGGAGACGCAGACAUGUUACGAUCAUUUCUGAUUCAAAAAGUUCCUGUGAGCAGCGGAGGGCUCAUAAUUGACCUUAAGUUUUCUACAGUAACAGUUUGAAGCCACAUUACAUGUUCUCGAGCGUGUGUGCAUGAUUUAAGAGGAGAAACUGAAGUUCAAGUGUCAGUGAAGAAUGCUUUUAAAUUACUACCACGGUUAAAAGUUUAAAUCUACGGUUUUGGUCCCAGGUCCACGGCCCCGGCUGAGAGGGUUCUGGUAUUUGUCAGGAGUUAUGAUGUCUUUAUUUCCUCGUGGCAUUUAUUCUCUACAAUCCAAACACUGUGUUUCACAAGUCUGAAAUUUCUUGAUAAUUCCUGAAGUUUCCUGGAAAGAACUGGAUGAUUUUGAAUGGAUCAAAGGGGGGAAACAGCGCGCAGUUGUUAGACAUAAUUCAUCCCAGAUAGUUGCUUGCAUAACAUUGCAUAUCAAGUCUGAAUCGAGGAAAAGAGAAGUCGAGCUAUUCUUCACGUAUGAGGAGUACACUUUUAUUAUGUUGGUAGUACUCACAGUGAAAAUGUUAAUGCAAACGGUUUGAGGUCCAGAGAAUGAAAAUUGGAUGUUUUUUUCUUUAACGACUGGCCCAUAGAGGAAAUUAAGGCUGGGUGAUAAACCGAAAAUUUACCGAUGCCGAAAUUUACAACAAUAACCGACGUCAUUUUACCCAUGUCAGUAUAUUCGGUGUCAAAAAAUUAAUAAAUAAAAGUUGGUUUGGGAUGUUUGUAGAUAGGCUAUUGACUCAUUCCCUUUAAGAUGCUGUGCUAUGUCAGAGGACGGUUCAAAAGUUGGAGCAGUGGCUGAAGUAGACAUAGUUAUUGUGGGAGGGGGGGAGCAGCUUGUGGAGUAGUUUUCGUUAUCGAGGUGAACUGCCAUAUCGCCCAGCCCUAGAGUAAAUAUUCAGAAACAACCUGUAAUUCAAUGAUGCUUGUUCUUACACCAGAGAGGAGGGUACGGAGAGCUCUGCAAUCAAAGUCGGCUUUGUCACCUACAACAAGAUCCUUCACUUCUACAACGUGAAGAGCGCUCUGGCCCAGCCUCAGAUGAUGGUCGUGUCAGACACAGCAGAGAUGUUCGUCCCUCUGCUCGAUGGCUUCCUUGUGAACUACCAGGAAUCAAGAGCCGUUAUCUUCAAGUAAGAUACAACCGCUUCAUGAAUUAAUUCAUUAACACUCUUUAUCUCGGAUGCCUCAUGCAGCAGGGGGGAAUUCUCUGGAGUUGAAACCUUAGAAAUGACUAGGAGAUGUUAAUUAGGAGUCUUUUUAAAGAGUGAAUUGCUUGAUAAAGAGGUGUACUUUGAGCAAGACACUAUAAAAGAUAAGAAGAACUUUAUUUAUCCCUGAAGAGAAAUUCAAUAAUAUAAUAAUAUUAAGAACAAUAAAUUCAAGUAUACUUCAAGGCAGCAGGCUUUGAUAUAAAAUGACCGAGCUAUAAUCCUGUCCCUUUCCUCUCCAGCCUGCUGGACCAGAUCCCUGACAUGUUUGCAGACACCAGCGAGAGCGAGACGGUCUUUGCCCCUGUCAUCCAGGCCGGCGUUGAGGCAUUCAAGGUUAGCAACAGUGUGACGUCUGUCAACACUAAAUGGGCUAGUCAGGGGCUCCUGAAGCCAUGCGUGGCUGCUACAGACUCUUGUUUUGGAAAUCAGACAUCAUUAGCACCACUGGACAUUUCCUGUUUGUUAAGCAGCAGUGUUUCUCAAUCUGACACUCUUGUCGCUGCACGACUAAUUCUAAUAAAAUGCGGGUCAGCCAAAACACACAAUGGGCUGUUUUUUUUUUUUUUUUUAAAAAGAGAGCAGCCAAUCGAAAUCUUGGAUUGCUUCAGUUUGUGAAAACACUUCAGAUGAGUUGGCAUGGAUGUGUAAACUCAUUCAACUUACCAACUCAGUGAUUUCUUUUGUCUCCUCCUGAUAUGUUUACUUUCAAGUCCGACAAACUUUCCCAGUGAUGUGAGGUCAGUCUUUUGGCAUGCAGUGGAGGAAAAGUUCACACAGCUUUUAAUUGGAAGCAGUUGUAAUAUUACACAACAGCGAUGAGUCUGAGAUUUAUUUAUUUAUUCAUGGCUGCUCAUGUUGAUAUUGUUUUUCGGGGGUACGGCUUAUAUCUUUAUCUGUUCUUUAUCAGUUUAUUUAGCUCCACAGGGGAGACCCUUCCCAUUAAAGUUUGUUAUUAUUAAGAGUACCAAGUGACCCUGUGAUUUAACGUAAAGCUACAAAAACAAAGUAAAGAACAUGCUACACACCUUGGAGUUAUACAACGCUCUUUUUUCCCCCCUCUAGGCAGCAGAAUGCAGUGGAAAGCUCUUCAUCUUCCAGUCCUCUAUGCCCACUGCAGACGCUCCUGGAAAACUGAAAAACAGGGAUGACAAAAAGCUUGUCAACACCGAGAAAGAGAAAGUAUAAAGCUUUUUAUAUACUUAGUGAAUUUUUAAAAAUUAAGAAUGGCUAUGACUGUAGUGUCCGACUGAAAUCUCAUCCGAAAAUAUCCCUCUGUGUUCCCGUCAGACUUUGUUCCAGCCUCAAAAAGGAGUGUACGAGCAGCUGUCAAAAGAGUGUGUGGCACAGGGCUGCUGUGUGGACCUCUUCCUCUUCCCAAGCCAGUAUGUGGACUUGGCAACCAUGGGUGACGUGCCCUCGCAUACAGGAGGAUCUGUCUACAAGUAUAACAACUUCCAGGUACGACAUAGCCUUUCACAAACACAUCUGACAACUUUGAAGUACACACUUUUCCGUCAGUUUUCAGCUGUCUAAACAGUGAAAGUUACAAGUUUAUACAUGGCAAGAGGAAUUUGGAGCUUUAUAAACCUAAUUGCAUCCAUACACGCUUUUGCACGGUACCCACACUCUGUGAUAAUCAUUUCCCAGGGGAAUGGUGGGAAAAGCAUGAGAAGCUACUCUAAACUGUUCUAAAUGCUACAAAAGAGGAUUAGGGUCACAUGAAGAGAAAAAAAAUACUUACAGGAAGGAGAUUAAAGUUGAAAUUUCGAGAUUAAAGUCAAAAUUUAGAGAUAAAAAAGUCUGAAUUAUGUCAAUAAAGUGAAAAUUUCGAGAUUAAAGUCAAAAUUUAGAGAUAAAAAAGUAGAAAUUAUGUCAAUAAAGUGGAAAUUUUGUGAUUAAAGUUGAAAUUUAGAGAUAAAAAGUCGGGAUUAUGUUAAAGUAGAAAUUUCGAGAUAAAGUUGAAAUUUCGAGAUAAAAGUCGGAAUCAUGUCAAUUAAGUGGAAAUUUCAAGAUUAAAAGUUGAAAUUUAGAGAUAAAAAAGUCGGAAUUAUAUCAAUAAAGUCAAAAUUUUGAGAUAAAAAAUUGAAAAUUAAAAUUAAAAUCGAAAUAUGGAGAUUUCGAAAUGUCAUGAAUAAUGUCAAAAUUUCAAAAAAAAAAAAAUUACAAUUUCUACAUUAAAGUCAAAAUUUCAAGAUUAAAGUGGACAUGAAUAAAGUUGACAUUUUGACUUUUUAAAAUUUAACUCUUAUCUUGAAGUUUUGACUUUUAUCUCGAAAUGGAAAUUAAAAAAAUCUCCCACCUGUAAUCAGUUUUCUCUUCUUGUGGCCCCAAUCCUCUUUCGUAAAAAUGCUGUAUAACAUACAGGCUGAACACUGAAAACAUGAAUAUUUUGAUAGUUCAGGUGUUAAUAAGUUAAUCCUCCCAUAAAAUAAUCUCAUCGUGUUUUUAUUCGUUGUUCCCUCAUCAGGCUGUCAUCCCUCACCAAACCAUAUGUUUAAGUACAUUAAAUAGUCUUGCGUCUGCUUAUCUUUUGCAAAAUGUGACAACACUGCCACCUGCUGGUUAAAGCUUGUUUCUGACUGGUACUCUGUAUACAUUAUGAUGCCAGGUGGAAACAGACGGAGAGCAUUUCCUCAGAGACUUGAGGAAAGACAUUCAGAAGAGCAUCGGGUUUGACGCCGUCAUGCGAGUCCGAACCAGCACAGGUAAAGCAUUGACUGACACGAUUUACAAACUCUAAAUUUAGUCUACUUUAAAGGGGCAAUCCGUUAAUAACAUCUACUUUUUGUGUGCUUUCAGGCUUUAGAGCUACAGACUUCUUUGGUGCCGUCUAUAUGAACAACACCACAGACAUAGAGAUGGCGGCAGUGGAUUGCGACAAGGCUGUGACCGUGGAGCUGAAGCAUGACGACACACUCAGUGAGGAGAGUGGGGCUCUCAUGCAGGUAUUGCUCCUCAAAUAAGUUAAAGAAGAGUUUAUUGCAAAGGAGAUCCCCAGUUUUAGAUGUAACUAACAUUUGCACUUUAUUUCCCAGUGUGCCUUGCUGUACACGACCAUCAGCGGGCAGCGACGUCUCCGCGUCCACAACCUCAGUCUGAACUGCAGCUCACAGCUGAUGGAGCUUUACAAAAGCUGCGAAACCGACUCCCUCAUUAACUUCUUUGCCAAAUCAGGUAAAAACUCUUAGCUCUCUUAGUCGAGGAGUUUGUACUUUCACUUUCUGUUAUCUAUGAACUGUCUGGUAUUUCAAGAGGGAGUCGUCCAACAUUGUUAACCCUCUUUGUCAGGGCUUGAAAUUUACCGCGGUGUCCUGACCUCAGCUGAAUUUACCCCAUGCAUCACUUGAUAAUCUGCUCAUGCUCACAGACUUAUGAGAAAAAGAAAUAUGACUCAAUAAAAUGAGGACCACAUGUUCCACAUCAAACAGAGACGAGUUUUUCUGUAAUCUGCACAUAGCGAGCCUCAAGUACAGCUUAAGCACCUUUGUUUUCUGCUCCUGUUUUUAGUCCUCUCAGAUCUUAAUUCUCCAGCUGGAUUUUUGCGUCAAUCUCUCAUCUUUUAUGUUUUAUUCCCCUCCUCAUCCCUUUGUCUUCUGAUGUCUUGCCCCCUCAGCUUACCGUGCCAUAUUGAACCAGCCGCUGAAGAAUGUUCGAGAGAUCCUGGUCAACCAGACGGCCCACAUGCUGGCCUGCUACAGGAAGAACUGUGCCAACCCGUCUGCUGCCAGCCAGGUCAGUGCAGUGCGACACCUGCAGGGACAGUUGUUGAAUUCAAAGUGAAAAAAAAUCAGGUUUCAAUCUUAAGUUUUCAUGUCUGCUUCUGCAUGUAGCUGAUCCUGCCCAGUGCCAUGAAGGUGCUGCCAGUUUACAUGAACAGCCUUAUGAAGAGCGCCCCCCUGGUUGGCAGCACCGAGCUCUCAACGGACGAAAGAGCCCACCAAAGGCUGUCAGUCAUGGCCAUGGGGGUGGAGGACACACAGCUGCUGCUCUACCCACGUCUCAUCCCACUGGUAGAGGACAAACUCUAAAAACACCACCUCUCUCAUGAACAUUCCUGAAUUUUCACCUUGAAUUUGUUCUUAAACAGUACUUUUCAUUUGUAAUAACCGCAGAUUCUUUGUGUUUUUAUCAACAGCACAAUAUGGACACUAGCAGCGAGGCUCCUCCUGCUCCUGUUCGUUGUUCAGAGGAGGGUCUGACAGACGCCGGCAUGUUCCUGCUGGAAAACGGCCACUCCAUGUUUCUGUGGCUCGGCCAAGCAAGCCCGCCAGACCUCAUCCAGAGUCUCUUUAAUGUGCCCUCCCUCAGCCACCUGCAAGGACACAUGGUCAGAAUAAUGAAACAUAUUGAAUGUAUUUAUAAAGCAAUGAAACACAAUCUGUUCUUAGAGGUUAGCGGUAAGAAUUUUUAUUGUAAUUUUUAACUCUAAAUAUUUGACAAUAGACUGAGAUAUGGAAGAUUGAAUGAUAGCUGUGAGCUAAUUUGAACCAACAAAAAAUUGUAUUGUAAUUGUGUUUUUCAGAGUUCACUGCCAGAACUGGACAACCCAUUAUCCAAGAAAGUCCGAUCCAUCAUUAGUGAGGUGCAAGACAAGAGACCGAACUCCAUGAAGGUAAGGGUCCCCAAAAGUCCAAAAUAAAAGAAAAAGUAAAAAAUGAAAGGAAAGGAAAAAUGUGGAGAAAUCGCAGUGAACGUCUACGAAGUGUUUAAUGAUCUCUGUCUCCCUCUAGUGGAGCAUGUCAGUAAUUACAACCAUUUGUGAUACCUUUCAAUCAGUUUAUCUCAAUCUUGAUUCAUGUAGCGCCAGUUCAGCCUUUAAUAACUUGCUUUCCUCCACUUUCAGCUCCAGAUCGUGAGGCAGCGGGACAAACCAGAGAUGCUUUUCCGUCAGUUCCUGGUAGAGGAUAAAAGCCUGCAUGGCGGAGCUUCCUACAUGGACUUCCUUACCUACGUUCACCGAGAGAUCAGGCAGCUGCUGACUUAACUCCUCAGCGCCUGGGUGUAAGAGUUCAUCUAACUGACCACGCACAAACUUCACAGGGUCAGUCUCCAUCGGCUAUAUUUUGAAAUCUUAAGGACAGUCCACAGGAAGAAACUUUCCAACGUGUUUUUACAAAAGACAAGGACCCAGAGAAAGCUUUUUUUGAGAUUAAACUGCAAGAGUUCAAAGCUGCCUUUCUGACUUCAUUUCAAGGAAACCCCAAACAGUCUCUUCAAAUAACCGCUCGAAGGGUUGAACAGACAACACAUCCAGCAUUUCCCGCAUAAGUCCUCCGUGUGGUGGAUUGUGGAGCCCGGAAUGACAUCAGCGCCAGCAGCGGGAGUGCAGUUUGGCAUAAAGCCUGUUGGCACCAGCAAUAUGACAUAAACUGUAUCUCCACUGUGCAGUCAAUAUAGAUUUCAGUUUGAGCUUUGGUGGUUAGGAUCAAGGGUUAUUUGUGGGCAAUACUGUUAAUGUUCACUUUAAAAAUCAAUAAAGUUUCCAGUCUUUGUUAAAACACAACUUCCUCAAAUACACACAUAAAUAUAUAUAUGUGGUACAACAACUAAUACUUUUUAUACAAGAAAUCAUCAGAGACAUGUAACAGUAUUUAAAGACUUACAGAGACAUCUAUAUUUUACCACAUUUGCAGUCUCUCAUGGAACAUAUAUGUAGAUAAAGAUUGACAGUGUAUUUACUGCAUUAGCUUAUUCUGAAAUUGGAAGAAUUAAAAGCCAAAAUCAAAGGAAAUGCGACUAAAACUGAAAAUUAUUCCUGCUAUAACAAGAGGGAUUCAAGGCAUUUAAUUCACACAUUCCCGCUUAGAGAAAUCUUAUUCUUGGACCAUUUUGAGCAGUUAUCUUAUCGUUACAGUGUGCAGUGAUUGAUCUCUGGAGGAUACACAGAAGUGCACACGUUUGUUUCUACACGAUGAUAAAAAAUAAUCAUCUCGUGUCCUGAUAGAAGGAAAAAAAAGACUUUUUGAGGAUUGCAUUAUUCAGAUUCGGGCCAGAGAAUGAAAAGGAUGCAAAAGGGAACCUUAUUUAAAUGUGUAAUGAGGGAUAGGAACAGAUCGCUAAUGAUGCUGAGAGGCAUCAAAGGGGAAAAAGUUUCAGGCCCAAAUGUAAACCUUCUUCAUAACUGGACCACAACAAUCUGCAAAAGUGAGAAGUGAUGAUGCUGGAGUCUCUCAGAAGCUCUCAAACAGAGUCAAACUCUUCCGUAGCUGCAGCGAUUAUCUGCAAAACUCUCCGAAACGCCGACGUGUGACAUUCCAGUUUUCAGUUCUAGCAUCAGGCUUUGUUGUCAUUCAUGUAUGCAUUCAAGAAAUAUGUUCAAAAUGUUACCAUCUGCCUUGAGUUGAUGUAAUAGUUGUAAAAAAAAAAAAUCAUGUUUAUGUCUCCAAGAGGUGUGUGGCUCAAUCUUCUUGGUUUAUAUGCAACUUUAUCUCAGGUAAUUUGAGAACUUUACUAUUUGACAUUGAGGGCAGUGAUUUUUUGUUAACUGGAAAGGCAGAUGGUUGUUUUACGAGUCAGUGUGGAAAUACAGCAGUGUGAUGUGCCAUGUACAUUUCAUUCCAAUCAAAUUUGUCUGUAUUAAAUUGUUGACAUAA